CAAGAAAAGAAGAGAAUGAAAGCACACAAGGGAAGGGAUGUUCUUUCAUCCUUAGCCAGAUUCAGCACCACUCUGCUUGAUAGCUGGGUCGGGCUCGGCAGCCUCAUCUCUCUGCUGUAGACCUGUGGCUUGGUCCUGCAUCUGCUGCACUUGACCCAACUUGGACUCAACUUUUGCCAGUUCCGUCCCCUAGCCUAGCCCUUUGUCGGCAACUGCAGUUUCUUGCUUCGAUAAGGAAGAGCCAUGCUUGGCAAGGGGAUGUCUUUUGGCCGGCUGGUGUCAGGGUGUGGGGGCUGACUAGCAGCACUUUUUCCCUUCGGCUCCCCAUUAUCUCUGACACCCCAAUCUUCCCCACAUUCCGUCCUCCGAGGCGUGCAUGGAUUAGCUGCUGGGAAGAUGCCUGUGAUGAAAGGGCUGUUGGCCCCGCAAAACACUUUCUUGGAUACUAUAGCUACCAGAUUCGACGGGACCCACAGCAACUUUGUGUUGGGCAACGCUCAGGUGCUGAACUUGUUCCCCAUAGUCUACUGCUCGGAUGGGUUCUGUGACUUAACUGGCUUCGCCCGGGCGGAGGUGAUGCAAAAGAGCUGCGCUUGCAAGUUUCUCUAUGGCGAGGAGACCUGUGAGCAAUUUAAAGUCCAGAUUCAGAAAGCACUGGAUGAGAAAAGAGAAUUUAAGACAGAAAUUAUUCUCUACAGGAAGAGCGGUGGUUCAUUCUGGUGCCUCCUUGAUAUAGUUCCGAUAAAAAAUGAGAAGGGUGAAGUAGUCCUUUUUUUGGCUUCUCACAAAGAUAUCUCAAAGACCAAAAGUAAUCUGUCACCAGACAACAUCAGACUCACAGAUGAAGAUGAUUUGGAGAUCUACACCGAUACCAGACCACCUGGGUUCAAUGCCAACCGCAGGAGGAGCAGAGCCGUGCUGUAUCACCUCUCUGGGCAUUUGCAAAAGCAGGACAAGAGCAAACUCAAGCUAAAUAAUAGCAUGUUUGGUGACAACCCCACGAUCCCAGAAUAUAAAGUUGCUGCAAUCCAGAAGUCACGCUUUAUUCUCCUGCACUAUGGCACUUUUAAGGCUGGCUGGGACUGGCUAAUUCUCUUGGCCACCUUCUAUGUUGCUGUGACGGUCCCUUACAAUGUCUGCUUCGCUGCUGCUCGGGAUGAAAACUCUUCUUUUCGUAGCCCACCCAGCGUCAGUGACAUCUUUGUUGAAAUCCUUUUCAUGCUUGAUAUUUUGUUGAAUUUCCGUACAACAUACGUCAGCAAGUCUGGUCAAGUGGUAUAUGAUCCUCGCUCUAUUUGUGUGCACUAUGCAACCACGUGGUUCUUUGUGGACCUCCUUGCUGCCCUACCUUUUGACCUGCUCUAUGCAUUUAGUGUCAAUGUGUAUUUUGGCGUUCAUCUGUUGAAGACAGUUCGUCUAUUAAGACUCCUCCGCUUGCUCCAGAAACUGGAUCGGUACUCUCAAUACAGUGCAGUGGUGCUCACUCUUCUUAUGUCAAUGUUUGCUUUGCUUGCCCAUUGGAUGGCAUGUGUUUGGUACUUUAUUGGGCAGAAAGAGAUUGAUGUCAAUGAGAUUGGAUGGUUGCACGAAUUUUCUAAACGUCUGGGAAUGCCAUACACUCUAGUGGAGAGAUAUGUUUUGACAGUAAAUACCAGCAGUCACUCCAAUAGUAGCCAAGUUUACAACCACACAACUGUCGAGCUAUUGGGUGGACCUUCCCUCCGGAGUUCCUACAUCACCUCUUUGUACUUUGCCCUCAGCAGCCUUACUAGUGUAGGCUUUGGAAAUGUGUCAGCCAACACUGAUGCAGAAAAGAUCUUUUCUAUUUGCACGAUGCUAAUUGGAGCUCUAAUGCAUGCUGUCGUAUUUGGAAACGUCACAGCCAUCAUUCAGAGGAUGUACUCAAGAAGGUCUCUCUACCACACGCGUACAAAGGACCUAAAGGACUUCAUACGAGUACAUCGCAUGCCCAAGCAGCUCAAGCAAAGAAUGCUGGAGUGUUUCCAGACAACGUGGUCUGUCAAUAAUGGCAUUGAUGCUAAUGAGCUUCUUAGAGAUUUUCCUGAUGAGCUCAGAGCGGAUAUAGCCAUGCACCUUAACAAGGAGAUCCUUCAGCUGCCAAUCUUUGAGUCAGCCAGUCGUGGCUGCCUACGUUCUCUAUCUCUCAGCAUCAAAACCUCCUUCUGUGCCCCAGGAGAAUACCUGAUCCGGCAAGGGGAUGCUCUACAAGCCAUAUAUUUUGUUUGCUCUGGAUCCAUGGAGGUUCUGAAAGACAAUACUGUUCUAGCCAUUUUGGGAAAGGGAGAUUUAAUUGGCUCAGAUAAUCUCAAUAUAAAUCGGGUAAUCAAAACCAAUGCUAAUGUAAAAGCACUAACGUACUGUGAUCUGCAGUAUAUCAGUCUAAAAGGCCUGCGUGAAGUUCUUGAACUCUACCCAGAAUAUUCCCACAAAUUCAUCUCUGAGAUCCAGCAUGACCUCACCUACAACCUCAGAGAAGGCAGCGAGAUAGAUAUUGACCAUGAGAGCAAUGGAGGUCUUAUUCAGAAGUUGCCAUCCAUCCUGGAAGAUGAUGAAUUUGAAGACGAUGAGAAAUGUCCCUUACCAGUGAGUCCAAGGGGUGUCAGUCCUGUAGAUUCCUCUUUGAAAUUGCCUAAAGCCUACAGUUCUCCGAUGCUAUCUCCAUUGACACCGCGGUCUUUCAAAACACCAACCAAGAGGGUAGACAAGAACUUUGGAGAUCUCCUCAAUAUGGGGGAGAAAGGAAAGUUCCCAGCAGGUGAUGGAGGAAGACCUUGCAAACUACAGCUUCCUGCAUUCAGUAUCAGUGUUCCACCAGUGCUUAGCCCCAGGUUUGUAGAUGGCAUAGAGACUGAGUGCAGCUCACCUACUACUCAGACCUUCGACUUUAAUACCAAACCACUAAGCCAAGAAAACUCACCUAGAUGUUCCAACUCAGAAAAUGUGGAAACCAGGAAGAGUAUUGUGAAACUGAAUCAGGAGAUGACUGCCCUUUCUCAACAAGUUACCCAACUGAGCAAGGACCUGAAUGAGAUGCUACAGCUUAUGAGGCCUGUGCUCCUCAACCAGAACUUUGUAACAUCUCCCGCAGCGGGUCUUCUCACUCCUAGCCUCAAUAACACCUACAGUAACAGCAGUGGUUUUUGUAGUGGACAGCAGUCCCAAGUUACCAUUCCAAGCCUUGUUGGAUCAUCCUGUCCUGGUCAGACAAGAGUAGAUGGAGCACCAUCUGACACAGCAUGGAUGGAGGCCUUACCCCAGCCACCUCAGGCUGUUCAGCCAGAGAAUUUGUGCAGAAAGAACGUUCAUCCUGCACUUUCUCUGGAUUCAUUCCUUAGACAUUCAUGUCCCCACCACAGACAGCUUAGGAGCUGUGGUCCUCUGACCCUGAACCAGCCUCUAUCCCCAUGUCAUAGCCAUUUUCCCCAAAUACAAAUGAACCACGUGAGCCAGGUAUCCCAUAGCACUUCAUCCCCGGUAAUGGCUGCUCACCAGUCAUCUAACAAACAGAAUGAAGUACAGAAGUCCAGCCCAAAUUUCACAUCCAGGAGAUCAUUGUGUAGCCCUCAAGAUGCUGACCCAAUAAAGGAUAGAGUGGUUGACCUAUUGGGAUUGAUGUCAAGAGACUAUAGAGAGACAUCUCCUGAUGCUUUGGAGUUGGUCCGUAGUUCAUCUGGAGAUUCCCAAGGAGACAUCAUAAGGUUUAUAGAUGAUGAAGGUACCAACGUGUAGGCGGGAAAAAAGCCAUGGUGAAGCCAAAGCACUGACCAUGGAGAUGUUUACCAAAGUGUACCUCUCCAAGGCUUGACCAAGCUACUGUAGGAUAAAACUAUUUUGAUGACAACAGAAUGUCUAAAUACUGCCAGUUUUCUUUCUCAUUGCCACAACGCUGCUAAUUGGGCAACAGGAGACACAAUCAAUAUUACUUCAACAUUUCUUUUUUCUUGCAAAAA